AUCUAUUAUAACUACCAACAACCAAUUUGCAACAUCUGCUUAUAUAUUCCUUCAGUCAACACUUCUAAAAUUAUCAUUUCUUCCUUCCUUUCUCACACUUCUCCUGCACACUAGACACUGGUACGCCUUAUUCUUUCUCCCUCGCUUUAAACUACGCAAUCUAAACAAGAAGUUUUUAUAAUUAAUUUCUUACAAUGUAAUUUAUUUAGGGGUUGUUUUGGCAAAUGACUUGGCUAUAGCUAUAGGCUGAAGUCUCUAGUUAGCUGAAAAGUCAGGAAACGUCAUCGGUUCAUUUGCAAAAUCUAGAAGAUUGGAAUCUACGCUGGUUAAUUAUUUUUCUUUUCCAUUUUUGGUGACUAGAAGCAUAUAAAAAGAUCGUUACAAAAAUGGUUCAAGAAAUGGUAAAAGAGAACAAGAGAGAGAUCAUAUUGACAAGCCCACUCUCAAUAGAGGAGCAAUCAAACAAUGGUUACAAGCCUCCCAACAUUCUACGUAUGGUUUUAAGUCUUUUCAACAACAUUAGACCCGGAGCUGAUCUUACUCGUUUUCAGUUACCUCCCUUGUUCAACUUGCCGAAAUCAUACCUACAAUGUUACGGAGAAUCAGUGUAUUGUAUGAAAAAGGACAUGCUAAGCAAAUGUGCCCUCGGAGAAACGGCGGUUGAUCGGAUGAUCGCGGUGGUUGCUUGGAAUAUAUCGGCUCUUAGGCCGUUGAUGUUUGGUGUUGCUCCAUACAACCCUAUUCUUGGUGAAACUCAUCAUGCAUCUAGGGGAACCCUCAACGUCUUACUUGAACAGGUUUCACAUCACCCGCCAGUAACAGCAUUGCAUGCAACUGAUGAGACUACCAACAUCGAACUCAUUUGGUGCCAACAUGCUGUUCCCAAGUUUCAAGGGGCCAGCAUAGAAACCGUGGUGCAUGGGAAGAGGAUACUAAAAGUAGGACAAAAAGGAGAAAAAUAUGUGAUGAACUCCCCAAAAUUGUUGAUAAGAUUAUUGCCAAAGCCAGGUGUUGAUUGGGUUGGGAAUGUGAAAAUAAGUUGCCAAGAAUCAGGACUUGAAGCAGAAUUAUCCUACAAAACUGUUUCCUUUUUGGGAUUUGGAGGUGGCAACAGAUCUGUUAAAGGAAGAAUCAUUCAUUCAUCUGAUUCUUCCAAGACAUUGUAUGAAAUCUUUGGUCAAUGGGACAGGAUUGUAAGAAUAAAAGACAUCGUGAAUGAAAAAACAAAAGUUUUAUAUAAUGCCAAAGAUGUCAUUUCCUCACUCCCAACCGCGUCUCUUAAGGAUCCUCAGGGAGUGUGGGAAAGUGAAUCAGCAUUAGUAUGGGCGGAGGUAAGUAAAGGGAUUGUAAACAAAGAUUGGGAUAAAGCAAGAGAAGCCAAAAAAACAGUAGAAGAAAAGGAAAGAGAAUUUCGAAAACAAAGGGAAUCAAAAGAAGAGAAAUGGAUUCCCAAACAUUUUGACUUAACAUAUAGUCAAGAAAUUGGUUGGGAAUGUUCACCGAAACAAAAGGUUGUCCCACCAGCUCCAAUCAUAUUCCCAAGUUAACUUUUUUUUUUUAAUAUAAAAUUUACUUUAUUUGUAAAUUGUGUAUUAUUGUGAAGCACCGUCACUAUAUUAGAGUUACAAUCUUAAAUUACACAAAAUGAAAUUAAAUUUGCAUUCUAGAAUAUAAAACUAAUAAACACAUCAUUUCUAGUAAUAGAAGAUUAAUAAUCUACCGUUGGCUAAUUGUAAACCGUGUAUUAUUGAUAUAUUUGAGGAUUUCCUUAUUAAAAGAAUAUUUAUAUCAUUUCGAAUGCCAAGUACACAUUUUUUUUUUGGUAAAUGAUAGCUUUUUAUUUCACCACAAAGCACAAAGCAUACAGGAAAACAAGGCAAGAAAGGCUUAGAGUAGGAUAUGAUGUAUAAUCUAAAAUGAUUAGAUUAACAAAGAAUUCAAGAGGACGGUUUGAAUCUGUUUUCAAGGGUUUGAAAACGUAUUAAAGGAACUUUAUAGACUGGUUUUUCAACGGGUUGUGACAUGUUUUAAAGGACUGUUUUUCUGGUUUUAUAUUUUAGAAAAUAAAUGAACAAACUAAGAAUACUCACUAGAUUGUUAGGAUUCAAGGAUAUACAAGUAAAGAACACUCACUUAAUCUUGCUAGGGUGGCGUUUUCUUAAUUUAAGGAACACUCCCUCGAAUUAAUCAUACAAAUUAAUAUGUUUGGAACUCUCAACAAACUCAAUAAUAUCUUCAACAAUGAGAAAUAAACCUCACUAUAGGAAAAUCACUCAAAAUACUUAAUGACAAAUAUAAGAACAAAUCCAUAAGAUAAAGCUUCGAUUGGAAAUCAAAUUGGAUGAUUUUAUUCAUGAAAAUAAGGCAUUUAUAUAGGCUUACAAAUCAUAAGAAAAUUCUAGAAAAAGACCCUUCACUUGACUACAAGUAAUCAAGUGAUUACAUAAAAGCAUAUUCAGAAUUCUAUGAAACCCCUUUAGAAUUUUAUUACCGAAAUUAUCAUCUUCUUUAUUGAAAGAAAACAAAAUAACCAUACUAAUAAAAUCAUAAAUUAAACACCUCAAAUUUCCACCAUUCAAAGAUAAUAUCUCGUUCCUUGAGAUGCUUGAGAUAUGAAAACUCUUGGUUGUUCAUAGAAUGCUUCUAACCGUUGGAUAGUCUUCUUGAAUUCCACUAUUAAAGAUGAACAUAAAUCAGCAAUAUUAAAGGGAAUAAAGAGCCAAAAGAAUUC